ACAAUAGAGGAUUGGUGUCAUGUAAUGAUAAAGAACAAGAGAAAAGGUUGAGAUGAAAAGAUUUUUGCUGUCUUGUCGUCUUUAUUAUAAAUCGUUAAAGUAAUCUCGGAGGAAUCGGAUGGAAGUUUAAAAGACAAAAAGAUCGUAGAAGGGUCUCAUCAAGAUAAAGCAUACGAUGAGGGACCAUACAGACAAACAUUGAAUAGUAGAGGGACAACCGAGCUUAUUGACUCCCUGUGUAUAAAGAGAUGGCGAAGUCCUCUACUACAAGCAGCCAAGUCGAGAAGAAGUGCCAUUUCACACACAACACACUUGGUCUCUGUUUUCUCAACCGAGAUUCCUGGUGAAUUUCCGUAACCAGCAUUCUGUCUGGUAUUUCUUUCUCCGAAUUCUCUACUAUUUUACUCAUACAAACAGGCACAUUCCUGCUUGCUUCAGCCCUUCUUGUUCAAGACUUGAUUUUUGUGGCUUUCAUGUAAUCUUGGCUUCCUUGUUUUGGGCUUACUUUUCUUUUUCUGUUUCUUGGCUGUGCAAGAAAAAUGAAAAGCUGACUUUCGGUUGUUUUGGUAACAAAAUCUGUGGCUGGUUGAUGAUGACAUGCAGUCAAAAGAAACGAAUCUACAUUUCUUUUCCUUUCUUGAUUUCAUUUCUUUGUAAGGAAAGGGAGAUUUUGCUCGAUCAAUCCUCCCUACAUUUCAUUUCCUCAGCUUUGAAUGUCAAAGAUUUCCUUUCUGUUUUUUUAGAAAGAAUCAAAUUUCUCUGUUUUCCAUUUUGUCCUUUCAUUUUUUACUUUUGAUGUAACAGUUUGGUAAAGGAGUUUCUUUUACAGAGAUCAUGGAGAACAUGAAAACCCCAUUUAGAGGUAUCCUAAACGAUGUUAAAGGAAGAAUAGCUUGCUAUAAACAAGAUUGGGUUGCUGGCAUUCUUUCUGGAUUCGGUAUACUAGCACCAACUACAUAUAUCUUCUUCGCUUCAGCCCUUCCUGUUAUUGCCUUCGGAGAGCAACUUAGUAGAGAUACAGAUGGAAGCUUGAGCACAGUAGAAACAUUAGUUUCUACUGCUCUUUGUGGCAUCAUACACUCAAUACUUGGUGGCCAACCUCUUUUAAUUUUAGGAGUAGCAGAGCCAACUGUUAUAAUGUACACUUAUUUGUACAACUUUGCUAAAGGAAGGGAACAUUUAGGACAAAAACUCUUCUUGGCUUGGGCUGGAUGGGUUUGUGUCUGGACAGCUGUUUUGCUGUUUCUUCUUGCAAUAUUCAAUGCUUGUGCUAUAAUCAAUCGGUUUACUCGGUUAGCAGGCGAACUUUUUGGCAUGCUGAUUUCUGUUUUAUUCAUCCAAGAGGCUAUCAAGGGCAUGGUCAGCGAGUUUGAAAUUCCCAAAUCUGAGGACCCGAAGUUAGAUAAGUAUCAAUUUCAAUGGCUUUACACUAAUGGACUGUUGGGUAUCAUAUUCACUUUUGGACUUCUUUACACUGCCUUAAAAAGUAGAAGGGCAAGAGCAUGGUGGUAUGGCACAGGGUGGUUUAGAAGUUUCAUUGCAGACUAUGGUGUUCCUUUGAUGGUUGUGGCAUGGACAGCACUUUCAUUUAGCAUACCUAGCAAAGUUCCUUCUGGGGUUCCCAGAAGACUUUUUAGCCCUCUUCCACGGGACUCUGCAUCCUUACAUCACUGGACUGUCAUCAAGGAUAUGGGAAAUGUCCCUCCAGCAUACAUCUUUGCUGCAUUUAUUCCUGCUGUGAUGAUAGCAGGGCUCUACUUUUUUGACCACAGUGUUGCAUCCCAGAUGGCACAACAAAAGGAGUUCAAUCUUAAAAAUCCUUCUGCGUACCAUUAUGACAUCUUGCUACUGGGCUUUAUGACUUUGCUUUGUGGAUUAAUCGGGCUACCUCCUUCUAAUGGUGUUCUACCACAGUCUCCUAUGCAUACUAAGAGCCUUGCAGUCCUCAAAAGACAGUUGAUUCGAAGGAAGAUGGUGGCAAGUGCCAAGGAAAGCAUCAAACAGAAAGCUAGCAACUCUGAAAUCUAUGGCAAUAUGCAAGCUGUGUUCAUUGAAAUGGACAGCAUUCCAAUUAAUGCAGUAAUUAAAGAGCUGGAAGACCUGAAAGAGGCAGUCAUGAAAGGAGAAGAUCCAAAGGAUACGUUUGAUCCUGAGAAGCACAUUGAUGCCUACUUGCCUGUCCGAGUUAAUGAGCAAAGAGUUAGCAAUUUUCUUCAGUCUCUACUUGUGGCAGCAUCAGUAUGUGCUAUGCCUGCAAUAAAGCUGAUACCUACAUCAGUACUUUGGGGAUAUUUUGCUUACAUGGCAAUUGACAGUCUUCCUGGGAACCAGUUCUGGGAGAGAAUGCUACUUCUAUUCAUUGCACCUGGCCGGCGCUAUAAGGUCCUGGAGGGGAUUCAUGCUUCCUUUGUGGAAUCAAUUCCAUUCAAAUACAUAGCCAUAUUUACCAUCUUCCAAUUCGUCUAUUUCCUGGUCUGUUUUGGUGUGACCUGGAUUCCGAUAGCUGGAAUCUUGUUCCCCCUGCCGUUCUUUAUUCUCAUCAGCAUCAGACAGCACGUCCUUCCUAAGUUGUUCCGUCCAAAUCAUUUGCGGGAACUAGAUGCAGCCGAAUAUGAGGAGAUUACCGGCGCCCCACGACUUUCUCUCAGCUUCUCUUUCAAGGAACGAGAAGCACCUGUUCUUGGAAAUGAGGAAGGCAAAGUCGAAAUGUGUGAUGCUGAGAUAUUAGACGAGCUAACUACCAGCAGAGGGGAGUUGAAGGUUAGAACUGUAAGCUUCAGGGAAGAGAAUGCUACUCAGGUCUGCUCCAAUGGUGCUGUCCAACCAGAAUGAGAGAUGGUGAAUUGUACUCGGAAGAUAUAAAUGGCGACGACGACGACAUUUACAGUUAGGAGAGAAGAAUUCCAUCAUAAUAGUUACAGAAAGAAGCCAAGAACAGAUCAUUAAGUUUUGUCCAGUCAGAAUUAUCCCAUCCUUUAAUUUCUAGUCCCUUCAAUGUAUAUAAAUCCAAAUUAGCAUUAGUAAAGCGAUAGAGAAGAUUUGCAGUAUAUUUCAUGAGAUUACUUA